AGAAAACAAAAGAGUAGAGUUGAUUUGAACGGCUUGGAGAGAAAAACAAAGACAUCUUGGCAUCUUGGCCCUCUUUUUUGUUUGGACAAAGGGAUCUUGGUCCUCUUUACAUAACCAGGAAGGGAGUCAGGGCUAUUAUUACGCGCAACCACUUGCUUUUUGCCCCAGGGUUCAUUAAGGUUUUAAACACUGCCAUGGCCUCCGCUCUACCCAAUGCCAAGAGGUUGAGUCCACCCAUGGCCCAUGGGUCUUAUUGUGCGGCCUCGUCGGAUAAGCUCAAGGCAAAUAAUGAUUGGAUGAGGCUCGAAGGUAAAAUUGCGCUCAUAACAGGUGGCGCUAGUGGCAUUGGUGCCGCCACCGCCCGCCUCUUUAGUCAACAUGGUGCUCGUGUCAUAAUUGCAGAUAUCCAGGAUGACCUCGGCCAAUCCACUGCAAGCUCCAUACCCAAUGCCACCUACACACACUGCGACGUAACGAACGAAGAAGACAUAUGCCAAGCCAUCGACCUGGCAACCACUUUGGGCGAUGGCAAGCUCGACAUAAUGUUCAACAAUGCUGGCAUAGUUGACCCUCCAAAGCCCAGCAUCCUUGAGUACUCGCUCUCUGACUUCGAUCGAGUCCUUGGAGUGAACCUCGUUGGUGCGUUCUUGGGGACCAAGCACGCGGCUCGGGUCAUGAUUCCGGCUCAAUCAGGGUGCAUACUAUAUACUGCAAGUGUGAGCUCGGUCAUCGGGGGUGCAGCCACACAUGCUUAUGCUUGCACAAAACACGCCCUGGCUGGGUUAACAAAGAAUGCAGCUGUUGAGCUAGGUGAGUUUGGGAUUAGGGUUAAUUGUAUAUCUCCUUAUUGUUUGGCUACACCUUUGGCUAAGAAGUUUGUUGGUUUGGAACAAGAUAAGGAGUUGGAAGAAGUUAUGGGGGCACAUGCAAAUUUGAAAGGAGUAGUUUUGAAAAGUGAGGAUGUGGCUAGGGCAGCUUUGUAUUUGGCAAGUGAGGAUGGGAGAUAUGUGAGUGGCCAUAAUUUGGUGGUGGAUGGGGGAUUCACCAUAGUGAACACCUCUUUUCAGAGGGGAAAUUAGUUCACUCUAUUGAGCCAAUGAUCAUAUGCUUAUGUUUGGAAUGAUGGGUCUCAUGAUUUAUGGUUUCUUCAAGUGGAUGUUAGGUUAAAAGGUCAG